CGUCUGUGUGUUCCACUGCGUCAGUCAGUCAGUCAGUCAGUCAGUCAAUUAAAUGUAUCUCCAGACGUGAGUGUGGACGUUGGGGAAAGAGAGAGAGAGAGACAAGUGAUCACUAUUCAAAAAUCCGCUAGAUCACAGUACCAACAAACAGCAGCGAAUACGGCAACGAGUGAAUGGGGCAGGAACGAAAAUUCAACCCAAAACGAGAAGAAAAAAGCUUCGUAAUCGUCCGCGAAUGAUGUUCCGGUGGAGGAGGGAGUUGUAUGUUAUUAAACAGCACCAGAACCAACCGGCUCCCGUGACGAGGUGUCAGUGUGCUCAGUUUGCUAACGGACGCGGUCUCGAAAACGGUCCGCCAUGGCACGCGCUCAAACGUUCUUCCCGUGUGUGGGUCACUCCGGGGCAGGCGAGUUGUCCACCCUAUUGCAGGAGAUUGCGACCGCUGAGCUGCGUGAAGAGGACCAGCUCAGGGAGCACUCGCUGGCCGCGAUGCGUGAAUGGAUCCGUCAAAAUGGACGACUUCACCGUUGCCGUACGGACGAUCGGUUUCUGUUGCGGUUCCUGCGCGUGAAGAAAUUUUCAGUGCCUCGUGCUUGUGAAAUGCUGGAACGCUACCUGACAAUGCGUCAGACGUAUCCGCGAUGGUUCGCCCGACUUGAUCCCGACGAUCCCGAUCUGGUGGCUGUGCUGGACGCUUGCUGUAUGCUACCGAUCGGGCGCGAUCCGUCCAGUGGUAGAAUUGUGAUCUUCGGUGUGGUACGGAACUUUGACGCUCAGCGAUACAACUCCGACACCAUGAUCCGGCUGAACAUGCUCGUGGCCGAAGCGUUGCUGGACGAGGAAGCGAAUCAGAUUGCCGGAUUUACACACAUCUUCGACAAUGGAGGUAUGACGAUGGCACAUGUCACCUGCUGGACGCUGGACAACCUGGCCGGAUAUCUCCGGAGCGUCAUCAACUGUGUUCCGGUGCGUUUGAAAGAGAAUCACUUUGUCAGCGUACCGACAUUCGCUGCGCAGAUCAGCAAGUACUGCUUGUCGUUUGCCAGCGAGAAGCUUCGCUCCCGUAUCCAUUGCCACAGUACGGUGGAAGAGUUACGUGCGAAGGUGUCACCCGAGCUCCUGCCGCUAGAGUACGGUGGAAAGGGCCUCUCGCUGAAGGCUUUGAACGAACGGUUCCGAGAGUUCCUCCGUUCGAAACGGACCACCUUGCUCGAGUUGGACGAUAUGGAGAUCGAUCUGAAAGAUCCGCGGGAAGCGUCCGUACACGAAGACGUCGGUGAAGUGGUAGCGGACGGUGCCGCUGGAAGUUUCCGAAAGCUCUCAAUCGAUUAAAUCAACGGUAAACUGUCCAAGACAGAGUACGCUCAUAUCUUCUGCCUCAACCCGUACGAAGGCGUUUAAAGUGAUAAGCUAACAAACGCUGUCUUCCCACUGCUCAAUGCAAAAAAUUAUCUUAUCUCCAAAACGGGGCACGGUUGAUUGUUUCAAACAUUAGCUUUGCCCAAAGGCAAACAUCCAUCGCGAACGGAGAACCGUGAAGGAGACUGCCUGCAUCGCUCGCUGGGUUCACCCGGUCAGGUUUUCGGAGCUGGAAUUCUUGUUUAGUCACGCUGUUGCGAAUGACGUAGCAUUUAGCAAUAAACAAAUGCCAAAUGAUAGAUCAAGAUGGCGCAAACGCGUUAAAAAAAAAGGAACCCCCCUUCUAAAAUUCCCCUAAACCUAUUAAGCACCACAUCGAUCAUAUGUUGUAACCUCGAACCCGACAUUGAAAGUUAGAAACUAGUUCUGGGCGAAUGUGUUUGGUGGUCGCGACUAUGAAAAGCUGAUGCGUGAACUCUACACUGCUGGUAGAGCACACUUAAUAAUUGUUGCGGUUAUGACGUAAAACGGAUUUAAAGGGAUGUUAGAAUAUAUUCUUCCAGUAUUAUGUUCAAGUUUAAGGGUUGCACGGGUUUGGUAAAAUAAAUACU